GUCAACCUCUUACACUCUCACAACAGUGACCAAUAGGAAGAACAGAAGAAAAUCCAAGAAAGCCGAGGUAAAUGAUGAAUGUAAAACUCUGUUCCAACCUUUUGGUAGUCUUCUUGACCCACACUGUGUCAACCCAAAAUAUCAGAUUAAUGGAUGAUGAACUUGAUCCAUAUGAUUGGUCUCUCUACAGCUUUGAGUGUCCACAAGAAUGUUUUUGUCCACCUAGCUUCCCAAAUGCUUUAUACUGUGACAGCAAGGAACUUAAAGAAAUACCUGCCAUCCCAGCAAGGAUAUGGUAUCUCUAUCUGCAAAAUAAUCACAUUGGAACUGUUACAGGGAAAUCCUUUAUGAAUGCCACUCAAUUAAAAUGGAUAAAUCUGAACAAGAACAAAAUCACAAGCAAUGGCAUUGAAAAAGGUGUGUUCAGCAACAUGAAAAAUCUACUUUACUUGUUUCUUGAAGACAAUGAAUUAGAAGAAGUGCCUGCUCCACUGCCAGCAAGCUUAGAGCAGCUGCGUUUAGCAAGGAACAAAAUCACUACAAUCCCUGAAGGAGCUUUCAGCAAUUUGGAAAACCUCACUGUGUUAGAUCUACAUCAAAACACGCUGCUGGACAGCACUCUCUCAAGUAAUACCUUCCAGGGACUCAACAGUCUCAUGCAACUCAAUAUCGCUCAGAAUUCACUCACUAAAAUGCCACCAGCCCUUCCAAAUAAUGUCGUGCAACUGUAUUUGGACAAUAAUUCUAUUGAAGCCAUACCAGCAAAUUACUUUGAUGCAAUGCUCAAACUGGUUUUCCUUCGAUUGAACAACAAUAAAUUAACUGAUGAAGGUCUGCCAAUGAACGUCUUUAAUAUUUCAUCUCUUCUUGUCCUUCAGCUAUCUUACAAUGCACUCACCAGAAUCCCUGCUAUCAGUGUUCACCUUGAACACCUUCAUCUCGAUAACAACAAGAUUGACAAUGUGAAUGGAACUCAGAUGUGUCCAGUUCCUAUCGCAGGGGAUUAUGUCUAUGAGAGAAAUGUGCCAGCACUCCGUUAUCUCCGUCUAGAUGGCAAUGAAAUCAAACCCCCAAUUCCAUUUGAUCUGAUGUUAUGCUUCCGGCUCCUUCAGGCUGUUGUUGUUUAA